GACAGUUAUGGAGGGUUGCCUUUCGGCAGCAUGUGUGCGAAGGCUCAAAAUGCUCAACGUUUUUCCUCUUGUUUGCAGACUUUAUCUUCAGAGCACCCAUCACGUUGGCCAAGCACGGAGAAGUUCAUGAGGAAUAUAAAAGCCACUUGCGAAAGCUGAGAGAUGAAAAAUGGCAAGAAGAGAAAACCCCCGAAGAUUUGAUUCACAAGCUGAUGGUAGAGGAUGCUGAAGCUGAGAGGAGGAGAACAGAAGAUCAGAAGAAAGAGGAAUCCUUGAUGGCAAAAGUGACCCAGGAACAUUUUCCCGAGUGCCUCUCUGAUUCCGAGAACGAGGAGCCGUUCCAGGGCCGACCCGCGUAUCGGUCGGCUUUUGUCUCCAAGGGGAACGCCUACUCCGUCGCGUUGCUUGGAGGAAAUUUUAGCUCCAAAGUUGAAAGGAGCCAAAGUUGCAACGACACUCUGGGGAAUCGAUCGAAGAGCAGGCAAAGAUCAGCUCCUGUUAGAACAAAGGCGAACCCCUUAGCCGGUGCCUCGGCUUCCCUGGUCGGAGUCCUCUCCUCCACCCAGAACAACCGCUGCCUCUCUGCUCCGGACCUGACGGCGGAGAAGCGCCUGGCUUCCCACCCGGGCUCUUCGUUCCCCCUCCUGCAAAAACAAGAGCGCUCCAUUAGCCCCGAGAGCAACGACAGCAUCUCCGAGGAGCUCAACCACUUCAAGCCAAUCGUCUGCUCGCCCUGCACCCCUCCCAAGCAGCUGCCCGACGGGCGUGUGCUGAGCCCUCUCAUUAUCAAGUCCACCCCCAGGAACCUGACCCGGAGCCUGCAGAAGCCCACCACUUACGAAGCAAGCCCUUGGAUUCUAAAGAAGUGGGAGCAGAUCCUCCAGGAGCGUCAAAUCAAAAAGACUCUCUCCAAGGCCACGCUGACGUCCUCGGCACCAGAGCUGGGGGAAGAUUCUCUGGCCCUGAACGUGAAUGUGCCCGUCAAAGAGCCCCCACAGGCGUCCGCUGACGUCUCCUUGCUUGAUCCUCUCCCUCCCACCUGUCUAGCAAAGCUUGAAAGUUCUGGAAACGGCCGGAGAGACUCGGCCGUCGCUACAGAGCCUCCUUCGAGGCCCCUCCUGGCAAGACCCCCAGAGAAGCCCCCCAACACCAGGAUUCCCGAGCUCGCCGAAGCAAAAUCAGCUUCCCGUCUGGCCGGAUCUUGCUUCCACCUUGAUGCCAAAACGAUAACCCGGAAGGUCGUUCGGGUCAACUCGGCCUUCACAGAGAAGGGCGCCCUCGGGGCUUCCGCCAAGGCGGCCGAGAGGAAGCCGCAGAAAUACUGGGACGAGGGCGAACGGCGCCCCUUCCCCAACGGCCUCCGCCUCGAGAGGGGGCUGGGCGAGGAGGCCUCGUCUCUGCGGCGGGGCCGGAAGCGGCCGUGCAAAACCAAACACCUGGACCCUUCGGCCAAGCGGCUGAGGCCGGCGGCCUGUCGCAAAGGCCCCAUGGCUUCCGAUCCCCUGAGGAGGAAGAGGCGACGGCGGCGGAGCGGGACCGAUCAGAGGCUGCAGCAGGAGGAGGCCGACCGGCGGCUGGCCGUGCAACUCCAGAGGCAGUUCGAGAGGGAGAACCGGACAGGGGAGAGGCAGAAGGGGCGAGCCGACCAGUAUUUCCUGCGGUCAAAGAACACCACUGGGGCAAAAUAGCCCUUAGCGAGCCACGUGGGCUUUUCAAGAUCGCCUGACAUCGUCGCCCGUCCCCGUUGGCGGAGUUCUCGGAAGGAGAAGUUCUCUCUGGUUCAUGCUGGAGCCGGAGGGAAGCCACGCUUGAGCCUUCUCCCCAAAGCUGAUUCUGAGAUUAUAAAUCUCACUCGCAGGGAAACCCCCUUAAUCUGUCCUCAUCAGGAGGACGGAUCUGGGGUGCCUGUCAAGCGACUGUUCUUGGGAUCCUAGUCAGUUACGGUAAUAGGGAUGAGUGGAUGCUGUGAGUGGCAUUUGUAACUUCAGGAGCGGCCCUCCGUUGGGAGAAGGUCAGCAAGCAGAAUCGCGGAUCCGCAAAAAUCUAUUUAAAUCUAUAAUAUAUGAUUAAGUCUCCAGAUGAAUGGAUGGGCACUUGCUUACUUGGAGCCCAAGCUAACAGCCGUGGGCCAGAGAGAACCUUUGGCUGCUGGGCAUGGGGUCCCCCCCCCGGACCUCCAGCCCCAUCAGCUCUCCUCAAGGAGUCCUUGGGGUGGGGCUGCGUUGCAGGAGGCCCGGCCAGCAGCAUGAGAAUGCAAACCCUGCUUUGUGGCAGGCAGAGUGGGAAAUGAACAGUGCACUUAGCUCUUUCUCACCAGUAGGGUGUUUCAUUAGGCUCCACAGCCAGACCAAACGUCUCUGGGAUAGAAGCUGCGAGGACAGAUCCCGUCUCUUAAGUUUUUCGUGCCCAGAUUUAUGCACAAACAUAUUUGGGGGAUGAGAUGGUUGUGGAUUCCUCCAAACUACUUUCAGUAUUUGUUUUUUGACAUGGUUGAGUCCCUCCUGAGCUAGUUUGCGGUAUCUUGAGAAAUCAUUGUUUUCUUGUGUCUGAGAACAUGAUUAACUUUUGUGGCUCAAAAUCAAAGGCUUCUUUUUAAAAAUCUGCAAGAGUUAAGUGGGAGAUUUGCUUCCUGGGCACUCUUCUAAAGGGACCACUUGAACAGGGCAGGUUUUGGAGCACUUCAGAAGCAGCACAUUUGGCUGACCACAUGGUAUUUUGAAGUUGUUGAUAGCUAAACUUAAGAAGAUCCGGGGAAGGUAGACCCAAAGAAGCUUUUCCUCAAGGAGUUAGGAUCACAUGCCUUUCAAAACCACCCUAGUCCUUCAUGAGUCUCUCUUAGGCCAGAGUGUUAGUCUGGUGUGUUGCUCAGAGGCAGGAAGCAACUUAAACACUCGAUACCCUUGAAAGAUCCAUCUUGUACCAUCUGUACCGUGUAGUGUCCACCUCUCACCUUUGCUUGGACCAAAUUAAUCUGACACGUGAAGAGUUCCCUAACUUGUGUCUGUUAUGUAGACAAACGAUUCUCUUGCUGCUCUGCAUUCCAGUGGACUUUGAAUUAUGUCCGUAUUCUAGACCGUCCCCCCAGCCAGCCCACAUCAGAUGCCCUCUACUGUGUUGUGACUCAGACCCAUUCGUAAGAAAAGGAGGUGGAGGAACAGAAGCUGGUGACCCCAGAUGAGAAGAUACCUGAAAUUAAGUCACUGCUAAGAACAUCAAGAUGGUGUUGGAAAGAAUUUUAGUUCAGUUCUGUUCAGUUCAAUCCUGACAAAUCCAGAAUGCCUUUCUGAAGUGGCCUAAACGUUUUAUACAUGCACGCAGGGAGAAUUUUAUGCCAAGUUAGAUCAUUUGGAUGAAUUGAUGAGCACGCCCCAGUGGGUAUCGAGCUAUCCUCUUGGCUUUAUUUUUGUACGGAACAGUGCGUAAUCGCCCAAUUCUGACACUUCCGCACACUUGUGGCAAGCGUAUCACCUCAGUGUUGCUUCUACAUACCAAACGCUUGCAAUCCAGUCUGGCCCUUAAGACUGCAAUUCGUGGGAUAGUGUUCUGUCCAUCAUGGCUCCCUCCUUGGAGGGGGAGCAAGGUGGGGUUUCCUUUCCUCUUCAGUAUCCGAUGCUGCCUCUUUCUGAAGUUGAAUCAGAAGGGUCAAGGUUUGAAUGUCGGUGGGAGAGCGGCAGGACCCAAGGAAUCUGAACUGCUCCUGGCCAGGAGAUGAUUCAGACCAGCUCUCAUUGUGGUUUGGAGAGUCUGGAGAAAGGACAGAGCCUGUCUGUUUUCCUUUGGCAGUCCUUCAGGGAGGCAAACAGAAUUGCCCCUUAGUGCCCAUUAGGUUUUUCCACUCUGGUCAUGGCAAACAAAGCACAUCCUUCUGCUUCCAGCCGCGGUAGAACCGAAAUCUCUCCGUGUGCUGUUGCUUACUCCUGUGAAAAAGGACAUGUCAGAAAGGAGCUGCAUUUUUUUUCCCCAUCUUACUGGUACCAUAUACCUGAAAAGGAGUUAUUUGCACUAGCAGUAAAGGUGAACACCAGCAGCACAGAUUUGGAACAUGCUUUUCAUACGUCUGUUGCGAAGGCUGAAUCAAUGCUGGGUGUGGCACAGUGGGGGGACAUCAUGUGCUGGUUAGGCCUUCCCAGCCGGACCCUCUCAGAGGUGCUGGAACUACAUUUCCCACCGUUUCGAAGGAGCGUAGAAUUUGGGGUGUUGCCAUUUCAGUGCUUCUGAAGGCGGCCCAGUUUUGGGGAGGCUUGUGCAGGUCCUACCAGCCUCUGGAAAGAGGUGCUGGAGUCUGGAACAAAGCUUUGUCCACAGGAUCCUGAUCUGAACUGGUGCCAGGGGUUUCUUUCCAGUAUUUGCUGCUUGAUCCAUGCCUACCAUGGCAAAAAUCCUUGUAGAGAUCAAGUAGUUCAUGAACGAGAGGAGGGUUAUUCCUGUGGGAACCAACCUGGACUUUAUGCUUGAGAGGAAGGUAAAGCCAAACUCGGUGCCCUGGUGAGCACGUCAGCAUCACUCUGAUUUCCUCAGUAUUUUUCCAGUUGCUACACCACUCCAGCCCAGAGACCCCGAGCGGCCCACGUAUUCAGCUGAGCAGACAGCUGAAGACCUGCUGGGCGAACUACUCCUAACUUCUCCGUUGGGGUAGGUCCUUCUGGGGAGCUGAGGGCAUCGUCUGUUCCUUUGGAAAGGCGGGGCGCAGCCACGCUGCACGUUAUCUAGGCACGCCUGAGUUUCUGUUGAUUGGGCAGAGAGGGGGCAUGGCUCUCGGGGUGAGGAAGUUCAAACCGGCGUGGGCUCCUGGAAGGAGGGCCUCCCCAGCAACGAGUUUCUUGAAGCGGUGCUUUCCCUGAGAGAAGUGCGUAAUUUGAGUCGUGGGAACAUACCCGCACGAAUGGAACGAGAAUGCGGCGCAGGCAACGCAGGGAUAUCGGCAGGCGCAGGCACCCUCUGAGCUCAGUGGUACAGGCAAGAGGAGCUGCUGUCUGAAAGACAGUCCCUCAGCUCCUUGCACCAGGAAAAGGAGGAAAGCCGCUCUGCCUCCCUUUGCUCUGCCGUGGCUCUUACAGAGGCCAGCUUCACUUCACGUUGCAAGUUUCUGUCUGAGUAUUUUCCUUCUGGCGACUUCACUGAUGCCAAACCUGGAAAGUUUGGAGUGCGUGGAGCGGGUCCAAACCCAAAGGGCAUCCCUUUCGUCUGGGUAGAAAAACGGGAAAUGGUUUAAAGCCUGUCUUCCUCCUUGUGAAAGCAUCAUUGUUAGUCUGAAAAGAUUUCCCAGUAACCCAGAAGCUGCUUAAUAUGUCCACUUGCUAUCAUAAAAUGUGUGGUUUACCCUCGGGGUAACUUUUCCAGCUGGUUAAAUAGGACAUCCUCCCUUUAAAUCAGUGUAUCCCAACCCAACUUUAAGAUGUGUGGACUUCAACUCCCGGAAUUCCUCAGCCGCCACGUGUGGACUUCAACUCCCAGAAUGCUGGGUGGGGAAUUCUGGGAGUUGAAGUCUCCACCUGUCUUAAAGUUGCUGGGUUGGGAAACAUAGCUUUAGAGACUCGCCGGGCUCUGCCGUCACCCUGUUUGCUCUACACACAAAACAUGAAGAGAAGUCUUGCUAGCAUAAUGCUAACUUUCAGCGCAUCCGUUCUUAGCUUGGCAAGGCUUUUGAUUUGACUUUAAAACCUUAGAUUUUCUUUUCUGGCCCUAUGACUUCUUCAAAAGGAUAGCUAUGCAUUCUGCCGUUUUCUGGCACAGGUGAAAAGCGGGGGGUGGGGGGGCCGGGGGGAGAUUUGGGCAGGACUUGAGUGAAUCACAAUUGCCAAAGACAGAAGCUGACUCUGACAUUUCACUCUAGCUUUCUGGAGAUUCUCCAGUGGAAAAAAGAUACCCUGCAAGUUUUCUUGGUCCGUCGAUGGAACAUGUUGGUGAGGAAAGGGAGGGCAGUGGGCCAAAAGGUGGGGUUUUUGUGAGAUGAUUGUAUUGCAUCUACCACGUAACCAUCAGUGUUCUUUCUCUUCAUCUGCCUCCGGGGGGGCCGGGUCAUGCCCAGUGAAAAGGAAGAGGAGAAAAGUGCCAAGCCUUAAAGACUCUCAUGAACAGGUUUUUAAAAAACAGUCCCGCCCUUGGAGCAUUGCUGCAGUGAACGCUAGCAGAACCCGCAAGGAAUGUGCUGGUGUUUUGGUUUUCGUGCCUCCAGGAGCACCCCAUCAGGGGACUGAGCACGGUCCCCUCAGCAGUGCGCCUUGCCCCAAAGCCGAGCAUGGGUGCGGGCCUCUAUCAAAGCCGAAUAUUGUGCUGUGCUGCGCGUUCACCAUGAAGUCAAGCCUGCCCUGGGUCCUCUGAACUCCCCGCUGGCACCCUCGCCUUUCUAAAUAUUGUGUUACAGGAGCCUGAUGGGAGACGCGGCUUCUUCCCCGGCUGUUUAAAAACACUGCGCGCAGGUAUGGCGUUAGUUAUCCACUAUGCAAACAAGAAGACACCUUUUGGUUGUAAAUGAUGGGGUUUUGCGUAUGCCGAGUUUUUUGUGGGAUUUACUGUCAGAUGGUUUCAAGAAAAACAAAGAUUGCUGCAUUGCUCUGCUUCCUUAAUCUCAUCAUCAAUCCACCUUGGUAUGCUUUAAAUCAUUUUGUGCUUCGAUGUCUACCCUUGGCUUGGUACCUGGAAACCGGUGCAGCCCGAGACUAAGCACCACUUUUGGAAUUUCGCCUGAAUCACUGUGGCUUCAUCAAAUGUUUUGAUAAAACAAAUCUGUUUACUGAGAAAUGAA